GAUGGACUACGAGUCCCAGAGUGCUCUGCGGGCGGGGUAGUUAGCAACCGCAGGUCAUGUGACCCGAGGACGGAUCGGGCCUGUAUUCACCACGAAGCCUGAGGCCUGGCCUGGGCCCAGUCACUAUGUUCUCCAUCAGUAGCUGGUUGGGAAAGCGCAGCCAGCCCGAGCAUACGGUGUCUGCGGAGCAGAGCCUGCUGCUGACACCGGGGCUGGAGGAUUUGGAGCAGCCGCCUGGAGCUGAGCCCAUCCUGGAACAGGCCCGAGGGAUGGGAAGUUACUUGCGGAAUGUGGCUAUAUCUGCCAAGAAGAAAGUAUCAGACACGAUGCGAGAAACUGCUCAAACAAUAAAGGAAUCUGUAGAGGAACACAGAGUGGACAGUCUCCUUGAUAAGACAAUUAUUGGGAAUUUCAGAAAAGAACAAGAAAAAUUUGUAAAGGAAAAGAAAUCAAAGAUGACAGCUUCAGCACUUCCACCAUGGGCUGGCUGUAAUGAUGAGGAGACUGUAAGGCAUCAAGUUCUCUCUCUGUCGACAGAACGACGGAACUUUCUUAGGGACCCCCCUACUGGAGUACGGUUUAAUUUUGAUUUUGACAAAAUAGCCCCUGUAGCCAUUGUGAUGCUUCGGGAAGAUGAAACGUUGAGCAAAAUGCGAUUUGAACUAGUGCCAAAACUUGUAAAGGAAGAGCAGUUUUGGAGAAACUAUUUCUAUCGAGUAUCUCUCAUUAAACAAUCAGCACAACUGUCAUCACUAGCUGCAUGUCAAGCUGAAAACUCCAAAGACAAGUUGGAGCAGAAUCUGAGCAAAAGCAUCCCAGCAACAGUAGAUUCCACUCCAUCAAAGGCACCCCCAGGUCCGAUGAGAAAACAAAAUGAUUGUGUACAAAUUCAUCCUUCAGAUGAGAUUUCAACAAGUCCAGUUGCAAAUGAGUUUGUGAGCGAUGCAAAUGAUACAUCAUCCCUGAAUCAGGAAGACUUCUUGAAAGGCCUGGAACAGUUGGGCAUGAAUGGUGGUCAGAUAACAACUGUUGAAGAUGAUGACAUUCCAGAGUGGGAAAAGGAACUGCAAAGAGAACUUCAGGAGUUUGAAAUUGUUGAUGUGAAAGCAAAAGUCAGUGAAGCCUGGGAGAAAGAAAUCGAAGAGAUGCUUCAAGAAGAGGAUUAAAAGUUUUACAUGGAAACUGAUUUCAAAUCCAGGAAUUCCACUUUUCUGUAAGACGCAUUAUCUCAAAACAUUUCUAAUGGAAUACAGAAUCCUACCAAGAAAUACUUUGUUUCUUUUGUGGUGGGAUUUAAGCAUUAACCUUAUCACAACACCACAAGCUUUAUUAUUGCUGCAUUUUGUACUUUGAGCCAUAUUUUUUAUUUUAAAAACCAAUGACUUAUGUUUCAAUGAUGGAAAGUAUAUUAGAAUGUAAGCUGAGAGUGUUGUAGUUUUCAGUUGUAGCUAAAGUGUUCAAGUCACUUUUACGAACAGUAUUUAAUUUCUCAGUAUAUUAACUACAACCUUUUUAAAAUA